CUUCAGUUUGGCGGGCUUAGCGUACGCCAACAGACGCCUCGGUCAUCUCUUACCGGAUUGGCGGGAACUCCUCGCGCACGUCCUGAACGUAACCUACAACAAACAAUAAAUUUUUGUUUAUGUGUAAAUCGUGAAAGAUGUCCCUUAAAUCGAGCUACUUGAUGCUCUUGCCAUUACUCAUCUUAAAUAACGUUACGAAAAUACAAGGUGGCUUGCUCGGUGAACAAUGCAAGUCGAAUGCAGACUGCGCCACAUCAAAAUCACAUUGCGAAAAAGGCGUUUGCAUAUGCGACCCUUAUUAUGCUCGAGUUGAUAACAGUACUUGCCUCGAAUCGACGCUUCUGGGAUCAGAGUGUUCAGUACAAGAACAAUGUACAUUGAAAGUGGCGUAUAGUGCUUGUUUGGAUGGUGUAUGCCGAUGCACUGAUGGACAUCUACAAUUCAGGAAACACACAUGUCUCUCACCUGCUCCACCCGGUCACGUAUGUUACAGCAAUGAACAUUGUCGAUUAUGGGAUAAAGAAAGUCAUUGUGAAUAUGUUAUACCAAACCUUUUUGGGCGAUGUGCAUGUAACUCAUUCUUCCGGCAAGUAGGAGAUAAAUGUAUCGUCGAAAAACCAUCAGGGUAUGCGACAGAAGCAGUUGUUGCAGAACAAGAAACUAUUAUUGCUGACACCAGUAACGGUUCAAUUGUUCUUAAUAUUCAUAAACCGUCAGUAAGUUACAAUAUAAAUUCGAGAAACCCUUACGAGCCGCCAAAUAUAAUUGACGAAGAUGGCAUACAACCAAGUAAGUUGCCAAUGUUUACCAAUAAAAAUGAAUUGCUUAGCACACAAGAGGAUAGUCCUUUUAUGCAGGCUGUUAUGAAAGUACCAACAGUUGAUCCAAUAAAACGCCUACCAGUAUCAAAUAGAAAAGAUGGAGAUCCAAAUGAAACAAUAAGUGUUGACGAAUUAACGGCCAAUUUACAUGCUAACGAUCAGCCAAUUUAUAGAGUAGUAACACAACCAUCAGUUGAAAAGAAGACUAAUAAAAAGACUAGCGGCUCAUCGAAGGAGCAAAGUUCAGGAAGCAAGCCAUAUAAAACAGGACAUCAAAAGAAAUCUUCUUUAAAGGAUAAAAAUCGUUAUCGACCUGAGGUGGCUCCAGUAAUAGACCUUGGACCAGCUUCUCUUGGUAUGCCCUGUGUUAAAGACUCACAAUGUCAAGAAGUAGAUCCAUAUACUAGAUGUCUAAAUAAAAGAUGCGAUUGUACAUAUCGUACGAAUUCUACAUCUGCCUGUUCGGCUCGGAACCGAGGUUGUUUACCUGGCACUUUCCAAUGCAGAUCAACGGGCACAUGCAUCAGUUGGUACUUUGUCUGCGACGGCCGCAAAGAUUGUCCCGAUGGCUCUGAUGAAAAAUGUCAAGGUAGUAAAGAUAGGUCAGGUGAGCGAUGCCCCAUGCAUGCAUUCCGUUGUGGAGGUCCUGGUUCACGAUGCGUGUCUCGAGCAUCUCGGUGUGACGGCACUCCACAAUGUCCUGGAGGUGAAGAUGAGAGAAAUUGCCACUCAACACGACGUAGAGGAUGUCCUCGCCACACUUUCCGAUGCAGCUCCGGAGAAUGCCUUCCAGAAUUCGAAUUCUGCAAUGCUAUUGUCUCCUGCAAGGAUGGAUCUGAUGAACCACCUCAUCUGUGUAAUGAACAAUCUAGAUGGCGCGCCGCCGACUUCUGCCCAUUGCGAUGUGGGAACGGCCGGUGCAGGAGCACGGCUGUUGCGUGUUCAGGUCGCGACGGAUGUGGUGAUAAUAGUGACGAGAUUGCUUGCACAGUUUGUAGGUGUCCAGGCCCCGUACAUUCGCCGUGAACUUAAUAUAUGGAGACUUUAAUGAAAUCGUGACACAUUAUAAAUCUAUUAGCGCUUAGUCGCUUUAUUUUCUUCUAUGUUUAAUUUCAAUUAACGUUUAUUUCCAAUAACUUAAUAAACGCGAAAUAAACUUUACACUUACGACUGACUAAGAGCAAACAGAGGCUUAUAUUUUAUAAGAUGAAUCGUAAUUCAUCUCUAUUCCUUCGACAUCAUCAUCAUCAUCAUCUCAGCCAUUAUCUGUCCGCUGCUGUCUAUUCCUUAUUACACAUAAUUUCAACAGAAAAUGGGAAACUAUAAUUUAAAGUACCUAAUUAAAUAAUGAUCUAUAUCACUGUUUAACCAUAAUCAUCAUAUCAACCCUUAACUGUCCAUCCCCAUAGACUGUCAUACAAAGUGAUCCCAUGCCACUUGCAUUCAUAAAAGCAAUUACUAUUAUUAUUUAUACUUAUGGUUAAACCGACAACUAUACUAACUGUGAUUGUGUGAAAUUUUCUUACUAAAUAAGUAUUUAUUUCAAAUAUCAAAAAUCAUUUAUCGUCCUUAAAAUUUUCCGAUGAUCUUGUUUUUCUGCAUAUAUAAAUUGAUUUCGGGAUUUCUAAUGAAAAAUUACAAUGCAAGUAGGUACAUGGAUGGCGCAAAAAUAUUUUCAUGCUUUAGUACUCAUCCAUAUGCCUAUACAAAUUUUCUUAACAAAUGUAGAUUAAAUCCGUCGACUCAUUACUAGAUAUCGUUGCAAAAGAUAUGGUGCAAAGUCAAUUGAAAUUUACAGAAAAUUGGAUUGAUUAAAAAUCUAUAUUUAUUAAAAAUUCAUAAUGAAAGUUGGCUAAGUAUAUAUAUACUUAUAUACUUAGCUUAUGUUAAUGUAUACCAUAAUGUUGAUCUAAUGGACCUAAGUCUAUAAAUUACAAUUAAAGCAUAUAUAAUAUCUUUAGUUGUGUGCACUGUAUUAGAUAUAUGUUUAUUGAAAUAUAAAAAAAAUCUCAUAGUUAUUCGUUCAUGCUAAUCUGCAAAACUACUUAUCAAAUUUUAAUGAAAUUAUAUAAAUAUAUAUUGUUUUAUUACAACUUGAGACAUAGUUUGUGUAAGAGUAGGUGGCAAAACAAUGUUUGUCGGGUCCGUCGGUAUACAUACUUGUAAUCUUUCAUACAAUCCCUCAUUAACUCAUUGGAUUUUUUCUCUAUCAUUAAGUCUUCUUUUAAAAUUAAUUAAGUUUCACUACUACAGAACCAUCGUCAAAGAUUCACUAUAACAAUUUCUUAUAAAAUUAUCUAGUACUUUAUCUUUAAUUUUAUUAGUUAAGGAUGUUUCGAUAACAUGUAUUUUUUGUGAAGAACAGAUAUUUAAUGUAUGGUUUAUUUAUUUAGAAUUAGUAACAAUUGUUACUGUUAUGUUUAUAAUACCUACCUAUAUGGAGUACGUUUGGUUUUUGAUCUAAAUGGUACUUAUAAGUAAACAGCAUCUGAAAUAGUAUUAUUAGGUACUAAUUGAAGAAAUUAAUUUAUUAUAUAAUUUAUUUUAAUAUAUGUUAAAGUCAUAAACUUUUUAAUGAAAUUAAUUAAUGGUAAAGAAAAUCAGACGUCUGUAGUAGCUGACAUAAUUUUAGAACACAUCUGUAAACAAAGACUAUGGGCAGGUAAACUAGUCUGUUUCAAUAGAAUUUAAUAAAAAUGCCAACAAACGAAUAAUCGAACCAACAUUAAAACAGUCUACUGAUGUCCCAUAGAAGUAAAAGCGUAAAAAUAAUUUCUUACUAACAUCAUUUUAAUAGUAUUUCUGUGAUAAUUUCAACAAAACAUAGUGACCUUUUUCAUUAAAUUCUAUUGAAACAAACUAUAUUUCUUGUUCUUUAACUUCAUGAACGUUCACUUCAUGAACGAAAAGUGUAAGCACUUAAGUAUUUAUGCAACAAUAUUUUUUAGAACUUUUAGAAUGUUCACUAUAAAUAAAUUCGUAUGAAACAAAUUGUAAAAGAGAAUUAAACCUACAAUCAUAAUUAUAUAGGCACAUAAUUGUAUCUAAACUGAUGAAUUUAUUGAGUCUUUGUCUUCUACAUAUACUGUACAUUUCCUACGUAACAAUUUUAACAUUCCUAACCACAGGUGUGACUAUAAUAUAAAACCAUAUUAGAUAACCACUACUUUCUCAUUCACUCCAUUCCCAAAUAUAAUAUCUUAUCUAUUUAUUAUCAUAAAUAGGUUUAGAGUAAUUUUAUUUUUCCUAGAAUCGUCAUUUGCUAAUUGUAUAGAUAUUUCCAAUAAUCACUGUUUUGCUCUUAUUAAUUUAUAAGUGCCGUAAACGCAAUGCAUUUUUUGCCAUUUUAUUCGUCAAUUAAAAUCGCUAAUUUAAGUAUUUAAAUAAGCGACGAGCGCUAUAAGACUGAGGAGUAAUAAUACACUUGACUUUUUUUAAUUUACCUAUAUAUAGAUCUAGCAAAUGGGAAUAUACUGCCAAUUCUGUAAAUCUAUGAACAAUAUGCUUUAUUUAUUGUUCUUAUUUGUAAAUAUUAAAGGGUAGUUAACUAUAACAUUUUUGUAAUGUUCGUAAUGAAAACUUUACAUUGGCUAAUUGUCAUAAAAAUUAUUAUUGUAGGUAUUUACUCCAGGAUAAAUACUUUUGUAGAAUUUAGUAUACUACAUUCUAGUGUGAGUUUCACAUGGUUAGUCAUGUAACUAAGUUUGUAAUAUAGUGUGUUUAUGUGUGUGAAUGUGAUAAUUAUUUAUUAAACUAAUUGUAAUAUUUUA